UGCGCAAAUCCGCUCUUUCCUCCGACCCCCGCCACCUGCGUCCAGCUUCCGCCUGGAGCCCCUAGUGAUGCAAUGCUCUGCUUCCGCGUCGGCGACGGCGUGGGCAGUGACGUCACCGCGCCCUGACGUCAGGCCAACGUGCAGCGCGGUCGCCCGGGAGACCGGGGAAGCCAUUUCACGUCCUGCGGAGUCCCGGGCUAGACUGUUUUUCUGUAGUGCUUCCUCAGUACAUUGGGAGAAUUAUGAAUCGUCACAUUCCCGUGCAUGCAUUACCUGAAGAAAUCCAAAAGAUGUCUCCUGAAGAAACAGUUUGUAAAUACUGUGGCGUCAGCUAUCUAAUUCUUCAUGAAUUUAAGGCUAUGGAAGAAAAACUGAAAGCAAUGGAAAAAGAAAUGAAAUUUUAUCAAGGAAGUGUAGACCGAGAAAAGAGACUUCAAGAAAAGCUGCAGUCUCUUAGCCAGGAGUUUGACCAGUAUAAAACUGACAGUGAAUCCAAAGACAAAAGAGUUCAAGAUGCAAACCUGCAGAUAAAAAAGCAACAAAAUGAAUUUCAGAGAGUACAGGAAGAAUUAGGUCAUCUACAACAUGAGUUAACAACCAAACAAAAGCAAUCCCAAGUCUUCAGUCAAAAAUUGUCAGAAUACAAAUACUUCUGGAAUAAGACCCUUUUAUUACUUACUUUUACUAAAAGGGAACUAACCAGUAUUAAAUAUGAAAUACAUGAUAAUUUUCAAAACUGGACUUCACUGAAAGGAGAAGUUUUGCUACAGAUUAAAUCUAUAAGUGAUACAGCCUUGGCAGAAAUAGAUAUGUUAAAUAAAAGUCUGACAAUUUCCCAGAGAAAUAAAGUAUGCCUGGAAGAGGAAAUGAAAAAUCUCAAAUUGUUGUCGGAUGCCGCCAUAUUGAGGUCUCAGCAGAUGCAGGUGUCCAAACAACAUGAAGUAAACUUGCAAACCAGAUGCUAUGAUCUGCAGAAGGAGGCGCUAGACCUACAGUGUCAAGUAGAUGCCCUUGGGUUGAGGCUUCAGAAGACAGUGAUGGAGCUGGACAGCUGUAAAGAGACGCUCAUGAAAAAGUCUAAUGAUGCUGAUAACUGUCAAAGAGAACUUAGGAAACUGAAGUUUGAGACCGUUAUUUCUGAGUCAAGGCACAAUAGGCUACUUAAAGAAAAAGAUGACUCUUUAAUGACAUGUCAACAACUAUAUAAAACUUUACAGGAAGAGCUGACCACAAAAGAAAGGCAAGAAGAAGAUAUAAAAAGAAGAAUCAACCUUGCAGAAAAUGAACGAGAGAUGACCAAAGCUCUUCUGCAUCAGACACAGGAAGAAAUUGUAACACUGAAAAAUGAAAGGGAAUUGAUGCUGGUUGCCCAUAAGAAAAGCAUCGAGCAGAUGCAGGAGACCCUGAGACAGAAGCUGCUGAGUGAUGAUAGCUGGAGGGAGAAGGCUGAAGCUGAGCUCACCAAGGAAAGAGCCCGGCAUCUCAUUGAGCUCCAAGAGCAAGCUCUUCUCUUUAAGGAAGAAGCUAAACUGGAACUUGACAUUGAAAAAGAAAAACACCAGGAAGUAAUCCGGAAGUACCAGCAAGAACAGGAGGGCCUGCAGAUGAAGAUCGCUGACUUAAUCGCAGGCGCUACAAAAGACCUGAGGCUGGAAGUGGCCUCUCUCCAGGAAAAGCUCAACCAAUGCCAUGAGCAAUACACUAAAGAGUCUGAGUCAAAGGAAAAGGAGAUUGAAGACCUGAAAAGUCUGGUUGCGGAACUGGAGUGUCGCUUGAAGCAGGAAAGCAGCCACGAAGAUUCCGUUUCAGAGGACUUGAAGAAAGAAGUGAAACAGAAGGCAGACGAACUGGAAAGAGUAAUGCUGGCCCAAACACAGCUGCUGCAACAGUUCAGCCAGUCACAGGAAGAGAACACUUUUCUCCAGGAAACAGUGCGCAGAGAGUGUGAAGAACGCUUUGAACUGACGGAGGCUUUGAGUCAAGCCAGAGAACAGCUCCUGGAGCUCAGGAGGAGUGGAGGAAGCUUACCGUGUUCCCUCAACAAGGGCACCCUAACCUACCCUGCCACCGCAGUCAGUAAUCACCGCGAGCGAAGCAGCGUGAGACAGAACUGUGGACGAGGCACCAACACGACCAGCCUGCACGGACUGCCAAAGCCCACUGCUUCCCUAACCCCGGAUAAGCUCAAGAAGGUCAUCAGCUCCGGACUGCCCACCCUUCCCCAGACAUAUCCUCCCAAGGGCCGAGCGUCUUCGGUAAAUGAGACCAGGCAGAGGUUGACUGCCAUCCUGAGCCGGAGGCUGAGUCAGCAAUGAUGACCUGAGUCAGGAGUCGGUUCAGCCCACGGUGUACACACUCUUCACAGCUUGCCAGAGACUCACUGUAGCCGGGUGCCCAGAAACAAAUGUGUCUGCAGAUAUAUUUAACGAGGAAUGUAAAAAGCUAGGAACUGUGGAGCAAUAUUUUUCAAAGGGCCUUGGAAAUUGCAACAGAUAAUGAAGUUGGUAUUCCAGAGGGCUGAUUUCUAUUUUCAUGUCUAUCUUGUAUGCCCUGCGAGCCUGGCCUUUGAGGCUUCACACCCCAGCGGAUUUUUCUUUCUCCCUCCCUCACUUCCUGCCUUUCAUCCUCCCCCUCCCUUCCUGCUUUCUUUCCGUAGCAAGCAGAUCAUCUCCACAAAAAGUAGAUUAUAUUGGUUUUAUUGGCAUUUGUUCAUUUGUUUAUUGAACUAAAUGGGAUGUGGUAAGUAUUCCAAAUGGAAAAAGAAAGUCCUUAGUUAAUUUCCAAAGUACAUACUUCAGAUACUCGCAGAGCUAAUUAAUAAUCCCCAUCAGAUGCUCCUUUCCUCAGCCUACCUGGUUGUCUGAGUGCUUUGUAGGCUGGGUCAGAAGUAAUGAUAGGCAGCCUUGUAGAAGACCUUCUACCGAGACCCCGGGGGCCUGCUACAAAAUUAUGGUGGCUCCCAUUCAGGGAAAAGUGGUUUGAUUCUCAGAUUAUGAAUAUCGUUUCAGAAAACAGAAGACAUGACCGUGAAAAUAUUUCUUGGUGGAUAUUUUCUGCAUUGAAUGAUUUCUGGCACACAGCUGAGUUCUGUUGGACUUAAAUUCUCCAGCCGUUGGGAAGAGAACUAAUACAAGAUUGCUUAGUAAAAAAGAACGUAAGGCUAAUUUGGAUUCAAAAUUGAUUACCCUUGGAAAUGGGUAACUGAUUACAGUUUCUAUUCUCAGGGUGAGAAUGUAAAACAAGAUCCGCUAUUUAAAGCUAUCUUAAAGCCACCAACUCAUGUAGCUGUUCCUACCUCAGGCUAGUGCUCAUCUGUCUUUUCUCCAGUCUGAUACUUGUCUUUAUGUUUCUGGGGGGUGAAAAACCGGCUCAAAUCCUCCACCUGCUGUCUCGUGGACAUUCAGCCUUCCCCUUCUCAUAUAGGGAACAUGUGUGACUGUAGCACACUAAAUUAUCCGUUUUGCUGCAGUAUUGAUGAGGGAAACCAUAGGUACCUGGCAUCCUUACCACUGCAUAAAAGAGUAACGUGACUAAACAAAAUCAGAGUUAUCUCCCAUCUUCCUAAGGCUUACUAGAGUGUUUUAACUUUAAGAUAAUUCCACAUUAGGUCCCCUGAUUUCCUGACUACUUGAGGUAGGAGUCUUUGUGUUAAGGAUUAGGAUACUUCUUGUUGUUUUACAGAGGUUGCCAUUCUGCAUAAUGACAUUUGACAAGCGAGCACAGCACCACGUAAGAGUGGCUGGAGGGUGGACUGUAAAGGCCACCCUCACAUCUCUAUAGAAGUAGACCAAGAGCAUGUGGCCUGACUCAAGGAGUACACUUAGAGACAGAAGUUGAACCAGGACCCUGUCACUUAAUCCCCGUCUUUCCAGCCCUAAGGGCUUCCCAAGCCUCCAUCAUGAAUAUUGUUAGCUGCACCCACACUACAGUUAAUUAAUAUUUGUCCUUUUUAAAGCGCACUCACUUUUCAAACUUGAGUUUGUAUAAGAAGGAGAGCCGACUCAGGGAAGAAGAACUAUAAAGUGACAAAUGUCCUUUGCUAAUUAUGUUGUUUCUAGUAAAUGGUAAUACAAAUGUGUAUCUGUUAAAAUAAGAAACGUUAAUUGGUGUUCCCCUUCCUUGAUAUCAUCCUGUAUUAUGCAGCAGGGACCCGUGCACUAGAUCUCCUGGCUCUGGACUUUGUUUGCAUGUUGAAUUAUAAAUACCUGUGACAUAAGGUAGAUGGUAAAGCGAGCAAAGGCCCAGAACAUCUUGGGCAGCAAUCUCUACCAUCAGGUGAGACAUGCUUUUUCACUGUUUUGCAAUUUCAGCUCCCCUUGCGGGAGCCAUAGGCAUACAAUGAGUUUCUUUAUUUUUACUGUGAAUGCAGGUCAAUAAGGAAAGUCACAUGUAAGCCUCUCUAAACGGAUAUAAAGACUACCAUUGCAAAACCUGG